AUGGGUGGUUCUAGAGUUUUAAUGAUGGAGAGUUUAAUGAGAUCAAUGUUAUUAUUAUUAUUAUUACUUUUAUGGGUUUGUGCUGUCACAGCCUCUGUGAGUUAUGAUCACAAAGCCAUUUUGAUUAAUGGGCAGAGAAGAAUUUUGAUCUCUGGUUCCAUCCAUUAUCCAAGAAGCACACCUGAGAUGUGGCCAGCCCUAAUUCAAAAGGCCAAAGAUGGAGGCCUUGAUGUUAUUCAGACCUAUGUGUUUUGGAAUGGACAUGAGCCUUCUCCUGGAAAAUAUUAUUUCGAAGAGAGGUUUGACUUGGUUAAGUUCAUCAAGUUGGUUCAGCAAGCUGGCCUUUAUGUUCAUCUCCGUAUUGGUCCCUACGUAUGUGCUGAAUGGAAUUUUGGGGGAUUUCCUGUGUGGCUCAAGUAUGUUCCUGGUAUUGCUUUCAGAACAGACAAUGAGCCCUUCAAGGCGGCAAUGCAAAAAUUCACUGGGAAGAUUGUCAGUUUGAUGAAGUCAGAGAAGUUGUUUCAAAGUCAGGGUGGUCCAAUAAUUAUGUCUCAGGUAGAGAACGAGUAUGGACCGGUGGAAUGGGAAAUUGGUGCUCCUGGAAAAUCUUACACAAAAUGGGCUGCUCAAAUGGCUGUUGGUCUAAAUACUGGUGUUCCUUGGGUUAUGUGCAAGCAAGAAGAUGCACCUGAUCCUGUUAUUGACACCUGCAAUGGGUUCUACUGUGAGAAUUUCUCUCCCAACAAGAACUACAAGCCCAAAAUGUGGACUGAGAAUUGGACUGGCUGGUAUACUGAUUUUGGGGGUGCAAACCCUCAUAGACCUGCAGAAGACUUGGCAUUCUCAGUUGCCAGAUUUGUACAGAAUCGUGGUUCAUUUGUUAACUACUAUAUGUACCAUGGAGGAACUAACUUUGGCCGGACAUCUGGCGGCCGCUUCAUUGCCACUAGCUAUGACUAUGAUGCUCCCAUUGAUGAAUAUGGACUUGUAAAUCAACCAAAAUGGGGGCAUUUGAGAGAUUUGCAUAAAGCAAUAAAACAAUGUGAGCCGGCUUUAGUGUCCGUGGACCCCACAGUGUCAUGGCCUGGAAAAAACCUUGAGGUACAUGUGUACAAGACAAAGUCUGGUGCCUGUGCUGCAUUUCUUGCAAAUUAUGACACCAUAUCUUCCUCAAAAGUUACAUUUGGAAAUGGGCAUUACGACCUACCACCUUGGUCUAUCAGUAUUCUUCCUGACUGCAAAACUGCAGUUUUCAACACUGCAAGGGUUGGUGCCCAGAGGUGGGAGAAAAAGAUGACUCCUGUAAACAGUGCAUUUGCUUGGCAGUCAUACAAUGAAGAACCUGCAUCCUCCAGUGAAGCUGAUUCAAUCACAGCACAUGCACUUUGGGAGCAGGUCAAAGUGACCAGGGAUUCUUCAGAUUAUUUGUGGUAUAUGACAGAUGUCAACAUUAAUGCUAAUGAAGGUUUUAUAAAGAAUGGGCAAUCUCUUCUUCUUACCGCAAUGUCAGCUGGUGAUGUUCUGCAUGUUUUUGUUAAUGGUCAAUUUUCAGGAACUGUGUAUGGGGGAUUGGAUAAUCCUAAAUUAACAUUUAGUGGCAAUGUGAAGCUGAGGGUUGGCAAUAACAAGAUUUCUUUACUUAGUGUUGCCGUUGGUCUCCCGAAUGUUGGUCUGCACUUUGAAACAUGGAAUGCUGGGGUGCUAGGCCCAGUCACACUGAAGGGUCUAAAUGAGGGGACACGAGACUUGUCUCGGCAGAAAUGGUCUUACAAGGUUGGACUGAAAGGUGAAACCUUGAGCCUUCAUACCUUAAGUGGGAGUAACUCUGUUGAGUGGACACAAGGAUCAUUAUUGGCUAGAAAACAACCUUUGACAUGGUACAAGACAACUUUUAACGCACCAGCUGGCAACGAUCCAUUGGCCCUAGAUAUGAGUAGCAUGGGAAAGGGUGAAGUAUGGAUAAAUGGUCAGAGCAUUGGUCGCCAUUGGCCUGGAUAUAUAGCACAUGGUAGUUGUGGUGGUUGUAAUUAUGCUGGAACUUACACUGAUAAAAAAUGCAGGACAAAUUGUGGAGAACCUUCUCAGAGAUGGUAUCAUGUUCCUCGCUCAUGGCUGAACCCAAGUGGGAACUCCUUGGUUGUGUUGGAAGAAUGGGGAGGUGAUCCUAGUGGAAUUUCUUUGGUCAAAAGAACUUGAAGUGUGCUCAUAUGAUGCUUCUAAUAGGAAUUGAAUUGGCAAGCAAUAUUUACCUUAUUACCCAUCUCUAGGAAAUGCAAAGAAGCUCUCGGUUGAGUUCCUAUGCAGCUAGGAUUCUGUGAUACAGCAAUUUACCAAAUAAAUGUGGUUCAUAUCUUACUAGGUUCAAUAUAAAAAGUAUUUGAAGUUCAACAUUGAUGCUCCAUCUCUUCUGGUAGUUCAAGUUUACACCAAAAAAUUGCAAAGGCCUAAUCAUGCACCCCCUGGCCAAAAACAAAAUGUAUAUAAAAGAAAUUGGAUGCAAAGAUACUGUGUACUGUACAUAGUCAAGCUAUUCCGCUCAAAAUUGCUCCAUACAUUACAGGGCUUUUAGCAAUGAAAAUUGAGCCCUUACACUUUGCUAUAAA